CAUUACAAGUGUUUCGAUGAAAACGGGAGUUAUUCUAGAUCCAACAUACACCGGCAAAGCAGCAUACGGUCUCGUAAAACAGCUCAACACCGAUCCCCGGGUCUUCAAAGGAAACCGCAUUCUCUUCAUCCAUACAGGUGGAAUAUUUGGGUGCACACAUGAGAAAUUCCAGAAAAACCUGAGUAGAUCGAAGGCUGAUCAAGUGCAAAGUUGGAAAAGCAUGGACGAUGAGCCGCCGCAAAUUCAACUACGUUGACGUUCGGAUUUAGUAUAGCUCAUCUAAACAUUAAACAUUAUUUUUUCGCUAAAGCUUGGUUUCUACAAGAAACUAACGCCGACUUCUUUGGCGACGCUGAUUCAGUUAAAUCAGAGCGCGUUCCCUGUUGCGUCGGGAACAACUACGCAGUGCAAGGGAUUGUGUGAAAAGGCUGUAGGUUAUAAUUCAAAGCCAAAUAAAGUUAUUUGAACAUCUUUGUGUUACGAAUGUUUUAAAAACUUAAUUUAAUGAAUGAUUUAUUACAAAUACGGUAUAAUAUAAGUACCGUAAAUACUAGAAUAAGCGCCGCGGCGCUUAUAGAAUUU